AUGGUUUUGCAAAGUCCGUAUAAACGUGUUAUCGUUCUCGCAUUAGAUGGUGUAGGGAGAUUUUUCACGGAAAUCCCAACACCCACCAUUGAUGCCUUUUUUGCCUCGGGUGCUAGCUCGUUAACUGCAAAAGCGGUUGUGCCGACUGACAGCGCACAAAACUGGGGAUCAGUACUACACGGAGUUCUACCGGAUAAGCAUGGAUUAAAAAAUGGUGAAGUGGAGGCUGGCGUACCAUAUGAUGAAGAUAGUCCCUAUCCAAGUAUUUACAAGCUACUUGCUAAAAGUUUCAAGGAUAUUAAGAUGGCAUCAUAUGUAGCAUGGGAAGCAAUCAACACUGGUAUCAUUGAAUUAUCGGUAAAGGUCGAUUUGUAUGCUCCUCUCACCCACGAAAACUAUUUCUGGAGAUGGUGGCUGCGUUUUAAACAUCACUGGCUUAAAAAUUCUGUUUACGACUAUGCUGUUGUCUCACGGUUGGUCGAUUAUAUUCGUAACCCUGAAAACAAAAGUGUUAAAUUGUUGCUUGUUCAUUUGACUGACGUAGACGAGCACGGCCAUGGUUACGGUUAUGGUUCUCAGCAGUAUCUGAAUCAAAUCAAAGUUAUGGACUCACAAGUUGCGACAAUUCUUGAAGCUAUUGAUGAAGCGGGAUGGAGAGAUGAUUCUCUUGUAAUAAUGACAACUGACCAUGGUGGUAUUGGGCGAAGCCACGGUGGAGAUAGCGACCAGGAAGUCAAUGUGGAUUGA